UGAUAGACCAUGACGACAAAAUAACAAGGAACUAACAAUAUACAUAUUUGUAUAAGUCGUUAAUGAACUCCCUUACAUCGGAAGUUGCAAAAAUAAAAUGGCAAAUCGUAAUCCUGAACAUAGUUUCUCGACACCUAAAGAAGUUAUUUCAGGACUCCCUAACUUCGGUUGGCGUGUUAAACUUGACUACGAGUGCAAAGAAAACUGCAAACCAUUUCAGACCCCACGACUUAGUCAAAUUCCGUCCCUGGUUGGACUUGGUUUAAGGUACACUGUCCAUACACUGAAAUGCUAUAAGAAUGGAAGACGACCCCAUAUGGACUUUACUAAUCCUGUGCCACACAAACCAAUGUAUGGUUGUCCUAUAGGUGGUAUCGGGUCAGGUUCUAUUGGUCGUGGUUACCGCGGGGAGUUCUGCAGAUUUCAGAUGGUUCCUGGAAUGUAUGAGUAUCACACGGUGCAGGCUGAUGCUUUUUUAGUAACCAUAAUCAAGGAAGGCAAGACUGUCUACCAGAAGGUGCUUACCGGUCGUCGGGUUCACAAGAACCUGAAGUUGUGGGAGUGGGGCUUUCCCCUGGGUCAGGCAACCUACCAGGCCCUCUACCCACGGGCCUGGACAGUGUACACAAUACCUGAGUUCAACCUGAGGCUCACCUGCAGACAGGUGUCCCCUAUCAUUGCCCAGGAUUACAAGGACUCCAGUUUUCCAAUGACAGCAUUUGUGUGGGAUGUUGUAAAUGAGGGAAAUGAUGACGUAGAAGUUGCCAUAACAUUCUCUUUUAAGAAUGGAGUAGGCUCCAAGAAGGACUACCAGGGUGGCUGUUACACAGAGAGUUUCAAGGGAGAUGGCAGCAUGUUUGGGGUGAUGAUUCACCAGAAGUUCCAUGACAUGACUUGUACCUAUGCUGUGUCAGCUGCAGAAAAGGAGGGGGUGACGGCUAGCCACUGUUUGAACUUUGACCCUCAGGGCACUGGAGCAGAGGUCUGGUCUGAACUGCAAGGUCACGGGAAACUGUCCUCAAAACAAGGCAAGAGUGAUCCAACUGCUAGAGGCAAGGAUAUUGGUGCAGCUGUGUCACUGAGAGCUGUAUGCAAGGCCGGGGCCUCACAGCUGCUAGAGUUCAGUCUGACUUGGGACAUGCCUCUUAUACACUUCAGGUCCAAGGAAGUGCAAUACACUCGGCGCUACACACGCUGGUUUGGUCAUCAAGGUAACGCCUCCCCCAAGUUGGCCACCUACUGCCUACUGAACUACACCGUGUGGGAGGAUAGCAUUGAGAGGUGGCAGGCACCUACACUCAACUGCAGUGAGAUCCCAGACUGGUACAAGUCCUUGCUGUUCAACGAGCUCUACUACGUGAGUGAUGGUGGAACAGUCUGGCUGGACCCUGUGGAGCCUGCAGACGAGGGUUCGGGGGAUACUGCCAUGGACGCACUAAUAAAGGAGUACGGAAAGUUUGCCUAUCUUGAAGGCCAUGAGUACAGAAUGUACAACACAUAUGACGUACAUUUCUAUGCGUCCUUUGCCUUGAUAAUGCUGUGGCCAAAACUGCAACUUUCCCUACAGUAUGAUCUAAGCAAAGCUGUGAUAGCUGAGAACAAGGAGCAGUUCCGUUUCUGUAUGGGAGGCCAUGUGGGUCACAGGAAGGUACUGAACACAGUCCCACAUGACAUUGGAGAUCCAGAGGAUGAGCCGUGGAAGCGUGUGAAUGCCUACAACAUCCAUCCUACUGUUGACUGGAAAGACUUGAACCUGAAGUUCAUACUGCAGGUGUACAGGGACUACCACGCCACUGGGGACCGAGCAUUCCUGGAACACAUGUACCCCAUCAUGAGGGUGCUGGUGGAGAGGUCCUUGGCGUGGGACAAGGACAACGAUGGGCUGAUAGAGAACGGCGGUUUUGCUGACCAGACCUUUGAUGCCUGGAUUGUCUACGGGGCAAGUGCCUAUUGUGGUGGGUUGUGGUUGUGCUCCCUGCGGAUGUUUGUUGAGGCAGCGAAAAUACUCGGUCAGUCAGAGGAUGAGACUAAAUACACCAAGAUACUCAACAAGGCAAAGGAAUCCUAUGAAAUCAAACUCUGGAAUGGCAAGUACUACAACUAUGACUGCAGCAGUCACGGGACCCAUGACAGUGUGAUGGCAGACCAGCUAGCAGGCAACUGGUAUAUGAAGGCUGCUGGCAUCAUAGAUGAAACUGUGUUCCCCUCAAACCAUGUGAGAUCGGCCCUGGAAACCGUGUUCAAAAACAAUGUAAUGGGGUUUGCAGACGGAAAUAUGGGUGCCAUCAACGGCACUCGGCCCAAUGGCAAGAAGGACAUCACUAGCUGCCAGUCUGAGGAGUUCUGGACAGGAGUCACGUCAUCCCUGGCUGCUCAGAUGAUACAGGAGAAUAUGCUGGAUGAAGGUUUCAAGACGGUGUGGGGCAACUACAAUGUGUGCUGGGAGUGGCUGGGCCUGAUGUUCCAGAGUCCAGAGGCAUACAUGACCAGCAAGCACUUCCGUUCCCUUGGUUACAUGCGGGCGCUCGCGGUCUGGGCAGUGCAAUGGGCAUUGGAGAAGUACCACCCGAAGCUGUUCACUGCCUCUAAGAGCCCAGAGGAGAGUUAGAUGUAGUGAGGCGAAGCUGUGCCUACUGGACUUAGAAUUGCAAUAAAUGUAUUGUUUGCUUGGGGAAGGAACUGGGCAUUUAAGUCAAUAGGUUAGUGAGGAAAACUAUUUUUGAGAAAUUUUCCUUAAAACAUAAGCAUGUGCAAAAAAAAUUAUUAUACUUGGGCUUUUCUUCUUUUUUUCAGCUCGCAUGAGCUCAAAGUGAUCAAAAUAUAAAGUCAGGUAUAUUUUCAGUUUAAAUUUCAAAAUAUUCUUGUCUUAUUUUGUUUGAAACUUUGCUUGGUUUUUAUGUUAUCUCAAAUUAUUUUCGUUCAUAAAAAUCUGGAGCGCCAAACUGUAUGUCUAUAUUAAAAACUUUAUUUUUAAGUCCUCUACAAUAUAAUUCCACAGAAGGCAAUAUUCCUUUGAUAACUUUUUAUUCCUAUUGUUUAUGUAACUUAUCUAUUGCUUGCAUAAUAGUUGCUUCAGCUGAUCAGUUAUGAUUUUAGAUGUAUAAUUUUGUUUAUUACUAAACAAAUCAGGUCAUGAAAAAUAAGUCUUUUGCCACAUGCCGUCAGCCAAGCUUCAGCUCGGCCUGUUCAUUUUUGGAAGUACCUUUGUUCAUAUGUUAUACUCAGAGUAUGAUAUUUGGAUGUUUUAACCUUAUAUGUAUUAAUGGAACAUGUUACCCUUUUAUUGUAAGAAUGUAUAUUAUAAUUUUUACCGGCACAUAGGUAUAUAAUGGAGACUUUUUAAAUAUCAUUUAUUGAGAAAAUGAUUGACAUGCAUAUAAUAUUUCGAUAACCAGUACUAAUUCUACGAGACAGCACAGGCAAAGUGAAUUCUUUAUUAGUUACAAUGUAAUCAUUAAGUAUGUGAAUG